UCGAGCUUCUUCCUCGUCUCUGGCUGGGAGGUGAUCUGAGAUUACAAAGGGCUUUUCUUCUUCGUUCCCAAAAAUUGAGGUUAAAAUUGUGUUCAUGGAUGUUCAAGGCUUGGACUCAUAAGCAUUAGAAUUUCAUUGCGAAAAGAAAUUAACUUUUGAUAUUGCUCUCGUGCUUGUCUGCGGUUCAGUGUCUUCGGAGAUUGCGAUCCAGUAACAGACCUUGCUCUCGUGCUUGUCUGCGGUUCAGUGAAGGAAAUCUGGAAGCGACUCGUGGGUGAAGAAAAAUUUGGAGGGGUAAGAGAAGAUGUCAAGCAAUCCAUCACAGCUACUCCCAUCGGAGUUGAUUGAUCGGUGCAUAGGAUCAAAGAUAUGGGUAAUAAUGAAGGGUGACAAGGAGUUGGUUGGAACCCUUCGGGGAUUUGAUGUUUAUGUAAACAUGGUCCUUGAAGACGUCACUGAAUAUGAAAUAACUGCCGAAGGACGACGAGUUACGAAGCUUGACCAAAUACUGCUUAAUGGAAACAAUAUUGCCAUUCUGGUCCCCGGUGGCUCCCCUGAUCCAGAGUAAGAGGUUGACUCGGAUGGGCAGGAUCUUCGUUUUGAGACCACCAAAUCGAUCAUUAUUAAUAGGUACAAUGAGAAAUUUUAGUAAACUAAUCAUGAGCUGUAGGAUAAAUGUUUAUUACUGUGGAACUGUUAGAUGUCUCUGAUAAACUGACAGUGAAAUUAACAUUGGAAUCCUAUAUUUGGGUUGGAAGACUAGUGAUAAUUUUUAAUUGGAUUGGAUAAUUGCAAGUUAAUUUUUUUUGUCUAAAA